CUCUUUUCAGUUUGAUGCAUUCGUUUUAUUUCUCCUUUGUUCAUUUCAAAGCAUGUCUUUCUUUGACAAUGUUACUUCUGCAUUUGAAACCUGCUACAGAGGAUUCCAGUUCACUUUUGACACUAUUGCUUCUGCACUCAACUUCUGCCGGAGAGGGUUCUGGUUCGCCCAUGAAAUUAUCAAGAAAAAUAAUAAUCUGAAAUCGAUAAUAGUGAUUGUCAUGUAUAUUGUGUGUUUUCUAUCCAAGCUUCGGUAUCCAGGGCUGGUUUAAAGCUUGGUAGGCGAAUAUUCAAUAAAAAAUAAACCUUAACCUUUUUACUUCGUCUGAUGCACUCUAAAAUAACAUCAAUAAUAAUGAUUAUAUAUAUAUACGAUUGUUUAUGAGAGGCUCUCUG